GUCCUCGCGAUGCAAAGCGUGUCUUCGUAGGGCUAUGGCGUGUUGUGCCACUACUGUGUGUUCGAUGGUAUAUUCGUUGGCGUUCGUCUAAACGUUCCAUGAGUGACACAAGGCGGCUCGUGUCUCGACAAUGUUUGCAGGUGCAUUUGCGGCCAGAAAUGAUGGGUGUGAGAAGUCUCAAACCCCGCACGCCACGGUACUCCAAUCUCUGUGCCAAGCUGCCAAGGCGGCUCGUCCCGUUACACCGUCUGUCUCACAGCAGUUGCUUCUUCCUAGCUACAUUCUCCUCUACAGCUGUUUAGAGCUUUUGGGCCCGAUUACUUUCUCAAUCAUUUUCCCGAUCCAGAUAGUUGAGUACUUUGAUUCCAGCCAGCGGUAGAAGUCAAGCAUCACCGCUUGGGGACGGGUAGUAAACUUAUCAACCAGCAAU